AGAGAGGUUAGUCAGGGUUGACUUGGUGGCCCCAACAUUGUUACACAUCAGGACAUUCCCGUCGGUUUUAUUAGUGGUUUUGUGUGUUUGUUGUGAGUCGAUUGACGAUGUGAUGUUUCCUGUGUGUCUCUGUGAUGUGUAUCAGUUCUGAGUAUGUUAAUAUUGUGUGCUUUCAUUUGUUGUCCGUUUCAGCGUCAUUUCGCGUGAAUGAGGAAGCGGUUCAGGAACCGGCGCAGCGGCAACCCCGGCGAAUAUUGCGAGGUCGUCGUAAUCUGGUUGGAUCUGGUGAUUUGGCGGAAGGGUCUCUGAUGCAAUUGAGUCUUGGUUCCUCAGGGGUGUUGGAUGUCGGUCGGUCAGUGAACAGUGUCGCUACACCAGGUACUGGUGCGUUGGCAGUGGAGUCGCGGCGCUCUUCUGCGUCAUUUCGCGUGAAUGAGGAAGCGGUUCAGGAACCGGCGCGGCAACCCCGGCGAAUAUUGCGAGGUCGUCGUAAUCUGGUUGGAUCUGGUGAUUUGGCGGAAGGGUCUCAGAUGCAAUUGAGUCUUGGUUCCUCAGGGGUGUUGGAUGUCGGUCGGUCAGUGAACAGUGUCGCUACACCAGGUACUGGUGCGUUGGCAGUGAAGUCGCGGCGCUCUUCUGCGUCAUUUCGCGUGAAUGAGGAAGCGGUUCAGGAACCGGCGCGGCAGUCCCGGCGAAUACUGCGAGGUCGUCGUAAUCUGGUUGGAUCUGGUGAUUUGGCAGAAGCGUCUCUGAUGCAACUAAGCCUUGGUUCCUCAGAGGUAUUGGAUGUCGCUCGGUCAUUGAGCAGUGCUGCUGCAGAAGGUACUGGAGCGUUGGCGGUGGAGUCGCGGCGAUCUUCUGGUAAGACGAUCUCACUGCUGCUUGCUAUACUUUGGAUCGCUUUUCCAGAUAUCUGAGCUUGUAGUCAGUGUGUGAUUUGUCAGUAUUCGGUCUCUCUGUUUUGCAUGUGUGUUAUUGUGUGUGUAUUUUUAUUGUACUUGCAACUGGAAGUUAUAUCGUUGUGCUAUUUCGCGCCC